GAUGACAACCCUAUCCGCAGCGGAGUACGCGACCAGCUGGCUCAGACCUCCCCGCAUGGCCCGGUAGGUGCGACGGUCCGCAGAAUCGAUACGCUCGGUUGUUCCUUCCUUGCUUCCUAUGUCGCUCUCUCAGCAAACUACACUGGUCGGUUAGGGUUUGAAUCGCCAUGGACGCACCGCAGCAACCGCAACAGCAGCAGAGCAUGCGAUCCUCGCCGCCUCCUUCUUCAGGAGGCGAUCUCUUCUCCGUUGUGGUAAUGGUGGUCUUCUCCCUCGUUUUCGUCACGGUGAUGCUUUCAUCCUCAAUCUCAACAAGAAGCUCCAGCUUUUCUAUCUUGCAUCAAGUUCCUGAAGGCCAUGUUGGUGUAUAUUGGAGGGGUGGUGCUCUUUUGAAAACAAUUACUAAUCCAGGUUUUCAUUUGAAGUUGCCUCUGAUAACCCACUUUGAGCCCAUACAAGUUACGCUUCAGACAGACCAGGUAAGAGAUAUUCCAUGUGGUACGAAAGGUGGUGUCAUGAUCAGCUUUGAUAAGAUAGAGGUUGUCAAUCGCCUUCGUAAAGAGUAUGUGUAUGAAACUCUGCUCAAUUAUGGCGUGAAUUAUGAUAAGACAUGGAUCUAUGAUAAGAUUCAUCAUGAGAUCAAUCAGUUUUGCAGUGCUCAUACUAUGCAGCAAGUUUAUAUUGACAUGUUUGAUCAGAUUGAUGAAAAAAUGAAAGAAGCGAUACAGAGGGAUUGCACACUUUAUGCUCCAGGGAUUGAAAUCAUAGGUGUUCGUGUUACAAAGCCAAAUAUCCCCUUGAGCAUUAAGCGAAAUUUUGAACUGAUGGAAGAGGAACGUACUAAGGCUUUAGUCGCCAUAGAGAAACAGAAGGUGGCAGAGAAGGAAGCAGAGACCCAGAAGAAGAUAGCUUUGUCAGAAGCAGAGAAGAAUGCUCAGGUCAGCAGGAUUCUCAUGGAGCAGAAGCUAAUGGAAAAGGAGAGUGUUAAGAGGCAGCAGGAGAUUGAAAAUGAAAUGUACAUCGCACGUGAGAAGAGCCAAACAGAUGCCAAUUUUUACAGAGUGAUAAAAGAAGCUGAAGCCAACAAACUGAAACUCUCACCCGAAUUUCUUCAGCUCAGAUUCAUUGAAGCCAUUACAAAUAAUUCAAAGAUAUUCUUUGGAAACAAAGUGCCUAACAUGAUAAUGGAUCAGAAGCUGCUUACUAAUUAUCUGAAUGGCAUUGCAAGAAAAGAGCAUGUUCAGAUUUAGCAACAGCUAGUUGAUUUGAACUUUCAAAGUCAUUGACCAUCCGCGUUCUUGACUAUUGUGAUUAGGCAUCAUUUACCUCUGUUAGGACCCUUUUUUUGUUCUAGAACUGUGGUGGUUUUGGUGUGGCAUUAGUGUGGCUUAGGCAAAAGGAUUGAAAUCUGUACAUAAUUUUGAUGAAACUAAAAAGAAAAGAGCAAUAUAGACAAUAAUUUGUUGUAUAAA